UUUUCAGCAAAUUGGGACGGCUGGUUACGCGACACGAAAAAUAUCACGAAAACGACUUGAAAAUUUUCUAUUUCACCAUUGCUUAACAAAAAAAGUUUUUACAAAACGCCUUACCUAGUAAAAGCAAUCGAAUUUGGUGAAAAAAUGUUGCGUCAGUUAAGCCGAGUCAGUGAACUGCCCAAAGUGGCCAAACAAUUGCAAAAAGUAGGUUGUCUAAUAACAAAUAAACAAUUGCAUGUUCUGUGUUCGUUUAAGGCUCCAUUGCCAGCCAUAAGAGUCAUAAAUCAAUGUUUUCCUAACCACGGACGUUUUAAAUCAAGCUCAUUUUUCGGUUUAUUCCAGAGUUCAGCUAUAGCCGGAACACAAAAAUCCAACAAUUAUGCCACGGAAGCUACAGUGCAAGUGCAACGGCCCUUCAAAUUGCAUCGUUUGGACAAGGGACCCGAAACUACCGUCAAAUUAACAAAAGAAGAAGCCGUCAAAUACUAUACACAAUUGCAAACCAUUAGACGUAUUGAGACCUCUGCUGGUAAUUUGUAUAAAGAAAAGAUUAUUCGUGGUUUCUGUCACUUGUACUCCGGCCAAGAAGCCUGUGCUGUGGGCAUGAAGGCAGCCAUGCGUGAUGUGGACAAUAUCAUUUCGGCUUAUCGUGUGCACGGUUGGACCUAUUUGAUGGGUGUACCGCCCGCAAAAGUGUUGUCUGAAUUGACUGGCCGUCAAAAUGGUUGUGCCCGCGGCAAGGGUGGCUCUAUGCACAUGUACUCACCAAAUUUCUUUGGUGGCAAUGGCAUUGUGGGAGCCCAGGUGCCUUUGGGUGCUGGUGUAGCUUUGGCCUGCCAAUACAAGGGCAAUGGUGGCAUGUGUUUGGCUUUGUAUGGUGAUGGUGCUGCCAAUCAGGGUCAAGUGUUUGAAGCCUACAACAUGGCCUAUUUGUGGAAGUUGCCUUGCAUUUUUGUGUGUGAAAACAAUAACUAUGGCAUGGGUACCAGUGCUGAACGUGCCUCCUGCAACACCGACUACUAUACACGCGGUGAUGCUUUGCCCGGUAUCUGGGUAGAUGGCAUGGACGUCUUGGCUGUACGCAGCGCCACCGAAUUUGCCAUCGAUUAUGUAAACAAACAUGGUCCCCUUGUUAUGGAAACAAAUACCUAUCGUUAUUCCGGCCAUUCUAUGUCCGAUCCCGGCACCAGUUAUCGUACCCGCGAAGAAAUCCAAGAAGUGCGCCAAAAACGUGAUCCCAUUACCUCAUUCAAGGAGUUGGUCAUUGAGUUGGGUCUCAUGACAGCCGAUGAGGUCAAAGCGAUUGAUGCUAAAGUGCGCAAGGAGAUCGAUGAAGCAACCGCCGCUGCUAAAGCUGAUGCUGAAUUACCACCCAGUGGCUUGUAUACCGAUGUCUAUUCGCAAUGUUUGGAGCCCAAGAUACGUGGCAUCGUUGAUUUCAAUCUUAAACACAUUCAAGAAAACAAGGGAGUUAAUCAUUAAGUUUGCGCUCACCCAUCACUCUCUUUAUUCUUUUCAAAAAAAACUACUUCAUCAACAGCGGACUUUUUGUUUUAAUUAUUAAGAAGAAAUCAAACGGAAAUGUAUUUUAGCCAACGAUAUUAAUUAAAAGUGAAAUUUGAUAUUUUAUUUUGUUAACUAAUUCAUUUUCUCUGUAAGUUAAAAGUAUUUUACACAAAAGUUUAACUUAACUAAUUGGCUGUUUUAUUUUGUUAUUAGUAAAAGAAACAUAUUAUUUACACUCAUCUCAAAUUUGUUAGAAAAAUAAAAACAAUAAGAAAAAUAAAAAUGAUUUCUGUAAAUAUUUCUUAGUUUUUGCAAAAUACAUUUUUAGUUUCUAUAAGAAUAAAAAAAAAUACCAUACAAAUUAGACAAAUUUAAAUAAAACGAAUAAAAUAAACAAUAAAAUAAUGAUAAAUAAAAA